AUGAAGAGGAUGAAGGCCGUUACAACUUUCAUGGUGCUAUUAGCCGCAGUCCUCCUCCAGCACCUUCCGGAUGGAGAGGCUGUCACCUGUGGGCAGAUCAAUAUUCCCAUGGCCCCGUGCCUACCCUUCCUAAAAUCAGGCACCGGCACCCCACCUCCCAAAUGCUGCAACGGGAUUAAGUCUCUCAAAUCCAUCGUUCGAACAAAGCUUGACCGCCAGGCUGUCUGUAUCUGCGUCCAAAUCACCACUAAGCAGUCCAAGACUAUCAGGGACAGUGUUGCAGCCUCCUUGCCUAAGAAAUGCGGAGUCCAAAUUGACUUUCCCGUCUCUCGCUCUUAUGAUUGCACCAGCAUAGGAUGA